AUGUCGCAAAUUACUGAUAAAUCUGCAAUGAUGGUUCUUAAUGAAGUAGCUAUUCAAAAAGGAUUAGGGCCCCUUUUCUAUGAACUUAUAUUCAGCCGCAGUGGUACUCAUGACAACAGCUUCGAUUAUGAAGUUACUGUGGGCGAUAUAAAGGCUAGGGGAAAAGGGACAUCUAAACAGAUUAGUAAACAGGAAGCUGCUCGAAAUGCCCUUAUUAUUUUGAAAGAAAGGGGGAUUUACACUCCUACAGAAAUGCUUGUGCAAGAGUCCAGCAAAGGACUCCAAGCAGUGACAUUGUCUAUAUCUGAUAGUAUUGCUGAGACAGCUCCUAAUUCUAUUGGGCCUUUGAAAGAACUGUGUACAGAAAACAGAAUAAAUCAACCUUCAUUCUCUUUAAUAUCAGAUGUUGGACCACCCCAUCAAAAAGUAUUCACAUUUGAAUGCAACAUUGAUUCCAUCAAAACUGUGGCUUCUGGAAGAACAAAAAAAAUUGCAAAACAGCUAGCAGCACAAGAAAUGAUGGAAAAGAUAAAAGAUGUCUUACCAGACUUGGCUCAAAGAUGCACAAGACCAAUAAAUGAUUAUAGUGUAGAUGAAGCAGCAGUUCAAAAAUAUAAUGAAUUAGUUGGGCAGAGUGUUGUUGAUAAAACAAUCAAAAUAAUGGAUUAUCCAAAUGCAGUCAAGAAGUUGAUGGAAAAACAUAACAAGACCAUGGAUGACUUCAAAGAGGAUCUGCAGGAAAGAACUGAAGAAUCUCUCACAAGAAUUCUAGAAAAGCUAGAACUGAAAUACAUCAAGCAUAAGUUACAAGAUGACCCAGUAGCUAUAUCCAUUACCCUCACAACCAUUACUCCAUUUACCACUAUAGCAGUUGCUGAUUAUGAAGAAACAGCAUCAAAUGAAGCUUUGAGUCAAGUUUUUGAAAUUUUAGAUCUUUAUAUGCAAAUUUGA